UAUCUGAAUACUGAAGUCCAUUCUGAGUGUUUUCUCUUCACACAAGAGCAGGUUUAUGAACUCAUUUGUGUUCUUGUGUAUUCACAGCUUCUUCUGGCGUAGCUACCCUCAGAGCAAUAAACCUCAGCAAAGUCUCAUCACAACCUUCUGGCCUAAUGCCCCUGUCAACAUCGACGCUGCUUAUGAGAGCAAACAAUCAGAUGAUGUCCUACUCUUUAAAGAUCGUAAAGUGUGGGCUUUCAGUGGCUAUGACCUUGUACCUGGCUAUCCUAAAACAAUUUCCAGUUUUGGUCUGCCCAUAACUGUGGAGAAAAUCGAUGCUGCUAUGUAUGACGUGGAUUCUCGCAAGACUCUGUUCUUUGUGGGCAGAGAUUACUACAGUUAUGAUGAGACCAAACAGGCUAUGGACGAGGGAUUCCCCAAACGUGUUGAUGAGACCUUCUCUGGCAUGACCGGCAAGGUGACGGCAGCUCUCCAGUACGGAGGUUUCACUUAUCUCUACAGUGGACCCCAAAUGUUUGAGUACAGCAUGGCGAGUGGCAGGUUGUUCCGUGUGCUGGAAAACAGCUACUUCUUGCGUUGCACUAACUUCUAG